UUAAGGCUGGGACGGCAGCUGAGGGAGAUUAGAGAGGGCGAGGACGCCAGAGAACAACAACACCAGCAACUUAGAGAGCGCUGGUUCAGAUUGGAGGUUUUGGAUCUCGAGUCACCUUUCCUUGGAUGUGCUUCAUUUUUGGGCUCAGAUACCACUUGAUGAACCGUGUCUAUGGUUUUUUAACGCAACGAGUCUUCACUAAUUUUGGCUAUGAGUUGCUUCGGGUACCGCCGAGAGCUGAGCAAGUACGAAGAUGUGGACGAGGAUGAGCUUUUGGCCUCCCUCAGCCCCGAAGAGCUGGCUGAGUUGGAGAAAGAGCUGGUGGACAUUGACCCUGAUGCCAACGUGCCCAUAGGACUCCGACAGAGGGACCAGACGGACAAGACCCCGACUGGCACCUUCAGUAGAGAGGCCCUCAUGAAAUACUGGGAGAACGAGACGCGGAAAAUCCUGGAAAAUGAAAUUGUUGGAGGAAGCCCUAAAGGGGAUGAAGAGGAGGAUGAGGAGGAGGAGAGUGUGAUAGGCAGAAACAGCGCAUCAGAGGAUGAAAAAGAUGACGAAAGUGAGAAAGAACAGAAAAAGUUCAUGCAGGAAGAUGAGGAGGAUGAAGAAGAGGAGGAGGAAGAAAGUGAGGAGGAGGAGGAGGAGGAAGAGGAGGAGGAAGUCGUAACCGAGGUGGACAAUGACGAAGAGGAGGAAGAGGCUGCUAACGUGUAUCCUCAGAUGUUGCUAAAGCCGCAGAGGGUGGAGCCUGUAAGACUAACCCCUCCCCCUCCACCUCAACCUGCGGACCCCAACGCAAACGGGAACCCCACCGUUGUGGACGAGGCUCUGCAGCGGGUGCUUCGCGACGACCCCGAGCUCACAGAGGUCAACUUGAAUAACAUUGACGACAUCUCGCAAGAUACCCUUAUCCGAUUCGCAGAAGCCUUGAGGUCCAAUACUCACGUGCGACUCUUCAGCCUCGCCAACACUCGAGCAGAUGACCCGGUGGCCCUGGCUAUCGCCAAGAUGCUGCGGGAGAACUCAUCAGUCGUCAGCCUCAACAUCGAGUCCAACUACGUGAGCGGGAAGGGCGUGAUGGCCAUGGUUCAAGCUCUGCCGGCAAACAACACCCUGACGGAGCUUCGAUUCCACAACCAGAGGCACAUAUGUGGAGGACAGGUUGAGAUGGAGAUGGUGAAGAUACUAAGGGAAAACUACACCUUGAUUAAGCUUGGUUAUCAGUUUAACCUGCCUGGACCCAGGAUGAGCAUGACGGGCAUCCUUACCAGGAACCAGGACCGCCAAAGGCAGAAACGAAUGCAGGAACAGAGGCAGCAACAGGAAGGAGCCACCAACCCUCGGACCACUGCGCUGAGAGGAACACCCUGCAACUCACCAAGAUCCUCCCCUUGGUCCUCACCCAAAGUGGCUAAGAAGCAAACCCCACCAGCGCCGCCACCACCACCUCCUCCGCCGCCACCCCCUCCUCCACCGCCGCCGCCGCCUCCAGCUCACCAGGAGAAGAAGAAGCCCACCAGGAUGAUCGCAGAGGUGAUCAAAUCCCACGAAGCCGUCAGCAAGAAGGCUAAGAGCAAGGGGAAAAAGGGCAAGAAGGGCAAGGCGGGCAAAGACGAGACCACCUGCAUCCUCAAGGAGCUGAAGAACGCACUUAGGCCCGUGUCGGCGGAGCGGCGUGGAGGGGAAGAGGGCAGCAGGCCGUCCACGCCCAUGAGGUCGGCACACGACCAGCUGAUGGAUUCCAUACGGAACAGCAGCAUCCGCAACCUGAAGAAGGUGGAAGUACCGUUCCAUCUACGAUAAUACAGAUGAGGAAUCAAGUUGCCAUGGUUACUGGGAGUGCAGAGGAAGACUACAAGUGGUUAAAAAAAGUUGGCAUUACUGCAAUAUAUUUUACUUUUUAAUUUUACAUGAUUUAAAACGGCAUUUGUUUACUGAUUUUUUUUCUUGUAAACUUGUAAAUAUGUCAUGCUCUUUGUUCUAAAUACAUACCUUUUUGGAGUGUUUUUGGGCCAUUAUUUUUUUAUAGUAAGAUUUUAUUUUGGUGAUGAGUUUUGACACGGUCGAGUGGUUAGCACGCAGACCUCACAGCUAGGAGACUAGGGUUCAAUUC